UGAUAUAAUGUCUUGACCCUCUCACAUUUCCUCAACUUAUUCUCACUCACUCACACUCACCAACAAACAAACAAUCACAAUCACAACAUACACACAAACCACCUCACCAAACACUCAAUCCAUGCCCUACCUCUCAUCUGGAAACAACUACCUCUUCUCCCCAUACACCUCACAAAACCACGCCACAAUGGCACCCUCAGUAUACAUCCUCCUCCAGCGCGACACAGAGUCCACAGUCAUAAUCUCCUCAGUCUAUCUCGACCUUCAAGACGCCAACGCCGCGCUUCUCCACCUCGCACAAGAAGCAGGCGUCGACCCUGCAACUGCCAAGCCUACUGCCGAUGCCGGUUCCGAACAGCCCUCGCUUGUCAAGGAGCCUCUGCGAUGGGAGGCCGCCGAUGGAACUGCCGCCUGGGUUGAGCGCCAUGCUGUGACAAAUCGCAAGACGCACGCCUCUGGCUCUGCUGGCGCUGCUGAUAAGCCUGGGUUGAAGAGGAAUGAUAGUCGGUUGUAUGUCAACGAUGAUGAUGAUGUUAUCGAGGUUACCGACCAUGAUGGGCACUACGAUUAAAGAUGGAAUCAACGAUUUGGAAUUAAUGCGGAGGAAAUAUAUGCUAAAUAGCGUGAGAGUAAUUCAAUCUUUAUAGCAAUUCAAAGCAAUGUUUAUCAACCUUUUCUACAA